AGCACAAAAAGACACUCGCUCUCUCUCUCUGUCCCCUUAUGAAUUAUGAUAUAAAUAUCUUCUCACCAACUCCUUAAAAUCUCGGCAGAAAAGUUUGCACCACAUUCUGGGCUCAAACUUGUCACUUGUUGAUCUUUAGCAUCUCAUCAGAUUCGAUUCAUUUCCCAAUUCCCAUAUUUCAGGGCCUGUGAGAAACAAGUUUUUAGUAUCUCGAUUUUGUAGCCAAUAUUUUUGUGUUACUGAAUCAGAUCAGGAAAGGCGGUGCUGGGGAAAGGAAGCAAAUCUUGAUAUAUCGAAGACAUGGGAUCCGGUCAAUGGAUGGUAGAGAAGAGAUCUGGUUUAGAAAAUGAUUCGUUUCUAAAGGAACAUGAGACUCCGUCUGAAAGUGGGUGCCUUUCAAUUAUUGUUCUUGGUGCUUCUGGUGAUCUAGCCAAGAAGAAGACUUUCCCUGCUCUCUACCAUCUUUAUCGCCAGGGGUUUCUGCACCCAGAUGAAGUCCACAUUUUCGGAUAUGCAAGGACUAGGAUUUCAGAUGAUGAACUUAGAGAUCGAAUCCGUGGAUAUCUUGGCAAAGAAGCUGAAGUAGUAUCAAAGUUCUUGCAACUGAUCAAAUAUGUAAGUGGUUCUUAUGAUACUGAGGAUGGCUUUCAGCUAUUGGAUAAGGAAAUUUCACAGCAUGAAGUAUCAAAAAACAGUGCAGAAGGAUCAUCUCGAAGACUAUUUUAUCUUGCACUUCCCCCCUCAGUGUAUCCAACUGUCUGCAGGAUGAUCAGAAAAUGUUGCAUGAAUAAAUCUGAUAAUGGUGGAUGGACUAGAAUUGUCAUUGAGAAACCUUUUGGCAAAGAUUUGGAAUCUGCAGAAAAUCUCAGUGCCCAUAUUGGAGAGUUGUUUGAAGAAGCACAACUUUUUCGUAUCGAUCACUACUUGGGAAAAGAAUUAGUGCAGAACUUGCUAGUUCUCCGUUUUGCAAAUCGCUUCUUUUUACCUCUUUGGAACCGCGACAACAUUUCCAAUGUUCAGAUUGUGUUUCGGGAAAAUUUUGGAACUGAAGGUCGUGGUGGAUAUUUUGAUGAAUAUGGGAUUAUUCGUGAUAUUAUUCAAAAUCACUUAUUACAGAUUCUUUGUCUGGUUGCCAUGGAAAAGCCCGUUUCUCUCAAACCUGAAUAUAUUCGGGAUGAGAAAGUGAAGGUUCUUCAAUCAGUACUUCCAAUCAGAGAUGAAGAUGUUGUUCUUGGACAGUAUGAAGGCUACAGGGAUGACCCAACAGUUCCUGAUCAAUCAAAUACCCCAACAUUUGCUACUGUUGUUCUGAGAAUACAUAAUGAAAGAUGGGAAGGGGUUCCUUUCAUACUAAAGGCAGGAAAAGCAUUACAUUCAAGCAAGGCAGAGAUACGUGUUCAAUUUAAGGACGUUCCUGGUGAUAUAUUCAAAUGUCAAAAGCAAGGAAGGAAUGAGUUUGUAAUACGCCUGCAACCCUCAGAAGCCAUGUACAUGAAACUUACGGUCAAGCAGCCUGGACUCGAGAUGUCUACUGUUCAAAGUGAACUGGACUUGUCAUAUAUGCAACGUUAUCAAGGGGUUCCCAUCCCGGAGGCAUAUGAACGUCUGAUUCUUGACACAAUUAGGGGCGAUCAGCAGCAUUUUGUUCGCAGAGAUGAAUUGAAGGCAGCAUGGGAGAUCUUCACACCCCUUCUGCACAGGAUUGACAAUGGUGAAAUGAAGCCAAAGGAAUACCAACCAGGCAGCCGGGGUCCAGUCGAAGCAGAUGAACUGCUGGCAAAAGCUGGUUAUGUUCAAACACAUGGCUAUAUCUGGAUUCCUCCUACAUUGUAGAAAUGUAGCCUGCAUGGAAUAAGCUGCUGUGCAGUUUCCCUAAGAAUAGUAUAAUUUUUAGUUAUGAAAUACUACCUGAGGUGUUUGUGUUUUAUGUACUGCGGCCUUCAGCUAAGCUUGUUGAGAGAAUUUGCUUUGGCAUGUGAGCAGUCUCCACUCGGAAUAUGUAUAAUAAGUACGUGUCUACGUGAGGAAAUAAGGAAAUAAAAUUGCUUUAAGCCGUUGCCAGUGUGUAA